AUGCCCCCCGGCGCAGCGGCCAAGCCGCGGCGCCCCGGUGCCCACCGACACCCCAAAGCAGCAGCAGCAGCAGCAGCAGCAGCAGCAGCGGCAGCAGCGGGGGCCCCCCGGGGGCCCCCCCUGCCUCUCGGUGGAGAGCGAGACGUGAACCCUGCAGCAGCAGACGAUGUGGGGCAGCAGCAGCAGCAGCAGCAGCAGCAGCUGCUGCUGCUCGCUGCUCCUGCAGGCAGCGAGGUUGAAGCAGCAGCACAGGAUUCAGGUGUACGUACACCUGAAUUCGCAGACACGCCCCGACGGAGCCUGUCGACCGACGACAGCAGCACCAACCAAAACGUAGUUGCUGCUGCUGCUGCAGCAGCAGCAGCAGCAGCGGAGAUUCCCGCAAGCGACGCAGCAGCAAAAGCAGCAGCAGCAAAGGAAGACUCUCUGUACGUCAGUUUGAUAUCAGCAGGUGUACAUACACCUCAGCUGCCCGCUGCUGAUGACAGCAGCAGCUGCUGCGAGACUGUUAUACCGGUGACUUCCUGCCUUAGCAGCAGCAGCUGCAGCAGCAGCAGCAGCAGCUGCUGCAGCAGCAGCAGCUGCAGCAGCAGCAGCUGCAGCAGCAGCUGCGGCAGCAGGAAAAAUAGGCCUGCCAGUGACAGCGUCGCCAUAGCCGCCCCAACGGCCGCCAACACCCCCAGCAGCAGCAGCAGCAGCAGCAGCAGCAACAGCAGCAGCAGCAGCAGCAGCAGCAGCAGCAGCAAGGGUUGUGACUUGGACUCUGCGUGUUACGUGUUGUUUCUGAUUGUGUCUGUGCUGCUGACGUGGGGCCAGGAGCCGCUGCUGUCGCUGCUUGCUGCUGCAGCAGCAGCAAAAGCCGGCCCUCUUGCUGUUGUUGCAGUGGGAGCAGCAGGACAAAUGGCAGAUGGUUUGUGUUUGCUGCUGGCAGCUUUUGGGGUUUCUCUGGGCUCGCUCUGCAGCAGACACAAAGCAGCAGCAGCAGCAGCAGCAGCAGCAGCAGCAGCAGCAGCAGCGGGGGACGAGGGCUCGAAGCAGCAAACUCGCGACGCACCUAGCAGCAGCAGCAGCAGCAGCAGCAGCAGCAGCAGCGAACAAAAGGAAACAGCAGCUUUCCGCGUUGCAGCAGUCGGCGUCUGGCUAGCCAGUUGCGUGGGAGUGGCUUUGGCGUUUUUGCUGUACGCGGGCAGCAGCUGCAUCUUGUCUUUCUUUUUGAGCAUAAAAGGCGCAGCAGCAGCAGCAGCAGCAGCAGCGCCAGCAGCAGCAGCAGGGGCAGCAGCAGACCCGUUUUCCGCAGCUGCCGCCGCAGCAGCAGCAGCAGCAGCGCAGCAGCAGCAGCAGCAGCAGCAGACGCUGUCGCUUGCUGCUGAGUUUGUGCAGCUGCGGUGCUUUUCGCUGCCUUUUUGUAUUAUCACUUUGGCAUUAAAAGGGGCUUUUGUUGCACUUGGGGAUUUGUGGCCGCAGCUGCUGACAGUAGCAGCAGCAGCAGCAGCAGCUCCUGCGUUGUUUCUGUUUGCUUCCAGAGCUGCAGCAGCAGCUGCUGCUGCUGCUGCAGCGGCGUCCGCAGCGGAGGCGCAGCAGCAGCAGCAAGCAGCAACGCGGGCUUUCGUCAGAGCUGCUGCUGGCACUGUUGCUGCUGUUCAAGUUGCAGUGGCGCUGCUGCUGCUGCUGCGGCUGGGGCUGCUUGCUGCUGCUGCUGCUGCGCGGCGCGAGCGCAGCAGAACCCCUUCCCGCGCGCAGCAGCCGCAGCAGCAGCAGCAGCAGCAGCUGCAGCAGCAGCAGCAGCAGAAAGGGCUGCUGCUGCAGCAAAUCCAAGCAACUCUGAACCUUUAUAGGCCGCCAACUUUGACAGAAAUUGCUGCUUUUGGUCCUUUUUUGCUGCCGGUGAUGACGCAGUGCUGCGUGAGACUGGUGCUCUAUUCGUCCAUGACAAAGGCAGCUUCCCUCUGGGGCCCCAAGGGCAUGGCGGCGCACCAGGCAAGCAGUGGAAAGCCGAACUAA